CUAUCAAAGAAGCAGUCAAGUGAGAUUGUCGAGAAGCUCCUUUGACUAAAAUGCGUCCCUCGGUCAUCCUUCUGGCCCUUGCCAUCACAACUUGGCUCUCUGAAAACUGGGGAACUGCAACCGUAGUUGAAGACUUCAACCAUGUCGAGAGAUGCAAGGAAUCGCUGUAUAUGGGCACCCCACCACGAGGCUUCAGAGACAGCAGACUGAAGAAGAUCUGCCAGCAUUAUGCUGACAAACCCAGAUACGUGACCCUGUACGACUCCAAAAACCGUAUCCCGGUUUACUCUGCAUACACCUUCAAGAAAACAGAGGGCGAUCGGCGUGUGGACUAUCCCUGGAUGUAUGAACCGCAGCUUGCAGAGCUUGACGGGAAUGGGAACAUGCUGCCGUUCCCCACCGGAUACUUACACAUGAAGUUUGAGGACAGCCAGGCGGUUUUGGAUGACUACUCUGAUGUGGUUCUGUACGAGAGAGGCCAUCUGAAUCCAGACCAGCACCAGUCAGACCCACAGGACCGAGCAGCCACCUACACGCUUACCAACGUUGUGCCAGAAAUCCGUGAGUUUAACAUCGGACCAUGGCGCGAACACGAAGAGCGCAUCCGCGUGCGCCUCAACAACUUCUGCCGGGGUAGAGCCUAUGUUGUAACUGGGGUUACCACUACUGGAAACAUGAUCCGGCGCAACAACCAGGACCGGGUUGGCAUCCCCGAAGACGUGUGGUCUGCCUACUGCUGCACCGAUUACGACCGGAACGCACCACACAACAUACGCAUCCGUUUCCCCACACAAGCAGCCCUCGCUAAGAACGCAAAGGAGGGGAACAGAGUCCAAGAGAUCACUGUGCAGGAACUGGAGAUCUACCUGACUAACAAAAUGGCUGUAGACAAGAAUUUCCAGCUGUUCUAUGAUAACUGCAACUCACCUUCACCUCUUCCUCCCUACCUUAAUUAUGCCAAAUGAUCUGUCUUACCUCCAGAUUAUAGCUUUGCUUGUGGUGUAAAAUGUUUCUUAUUUUCUUCUUUCCUGUAGCUUCUCUGUAUAUUUCUGUACAAUUUUUAGAAUACGAGUUUAAAACUAAGUACUGUUAGAUCUGUAGAAUGUUAAAUUUAGUGUCUUUUGGUGUUAUGCAAUAUCGUUUAAAUAUUUGAGGGCUGGUAAGAUUUAAAGAAAUUAAAAGAAAAUUAAGAGAAAAAGAAAUGUUAAUGUUACAUGUUUUUGGUUUCCACCAAAAUGUUAAGCAGCACAACUAUUUACAUCACUGAUAAUAAUAAGAAAUGAUAAGAAUUGUUUAUUAAGCACCAAAUAAUCAUAUUAAGAAUGAUUUCUGAAGGAUUCUUUGACACUUGACCCUGAAAUAAUGGUUGCUGGAAAUUCAGCUUUUCCAUCACAGGAGUAAAUUACACUUUAUAAAUAAUAAAAUAGUAAUAGACCAAUAAAACAGUUCAUUUGAAAUGUAAUAUUAUUUUACAUUAUGACUGUUUUACAUUAUUUAAAAAAAAGCAGUUUACUGAGCAUAUGAGAUGAAAAUCUAAUAAUACAUAAAAAUCUUACUGGCUUCAUUUUUUAUAGCCCUAUAAAGUAUGACUUAAUUGAUAUUUUAAGGAUAUUUAAGAAAACAAUUGUCAUUUUAAAACAGCGAUUGUCUAAGUAAUUUCUUUCCACCUUUUGUCUAUAAUUAUUGUAUUGUUUUCAUCUUAAUAGUCUCAGUUUACAUACAUGUUUAGUAAUUGACUGAUACCACAUUAAUUUUGGGUUGUGAAAACAAAGAAACCAACAAAAGCUGUCAUGCUUUUUCAACCUAUUUCUAUGGAAUUUUCAUUUUAUUGUUUCAAUAAACUGAUACACAUCAAUAAAAACCCGAGGACAAUU